AUGCUCCGCAAGUACUCCACAUCAUGUCUUCUGGAAUCGUUCCGACUAGCCAUGGGAAGAGUCUCGUCCCAGGCGAUGAUCUUGACUUCAGCAACAUCCAAUCUUAACGAAUUGCACGGUAUGACCUUGGGUUCGGUGUGUUCAUUGUCGGUGUUCCCAUCUCCGUUUAUACAGUUUAAUUUGCAUUUACCUUCAUACACUUCGAGCGAGUUGCAUAAACAUAAAUACCUUGCAUUGCACGUAUUGCCGCCAACGAAAAACUCGGUCCAUCUAAGUCGAAUAUUUGCCAAAGGCGUCAAGCUCAACAAGGGGGCAAAGCUAGCACCAACAAAGGAAGAGAAAAUCGACGGCCAGGUAUUCCACGAAAUGACAAAACCAUUCACACGUCUCCAAAAGGGAGUUGACUACCUGUUCUACAACAUAUCUGAUGUGCAAAUACCAAUAUUGUCCAACGUCGAAACAACAUUGAUAUGUCAAACACGAAACACCUUCCCUGUCGACAACCACGAAAUAUGGGUCGCAGACGUCGUCGAUAUAAUACACAACAAGACCCAAAAAUCUGGCGGCAUACUAUACUUUGAUAGAGGGUUCCACAAGAUCGGCAAAUCGUUGUCAGAAGAUUAG